CUCUAAACUGGUUUCCAAGAAAAAGGCAAUUGGUUCAAAAGAAAGAAGGCAAUUCUGGACAGUGAUUCCGAUUCCAUCCCUCUGAAAAUCAUUUACUCACAGACACAGACAAAAAGCAAUCGGUUGGGCGACUUCUCUGGUCGCUGUCGAUUAUUCAGCCAGGAGCAUAUCCCGAGUUAGAGAAAAGAAUGUUGUUGUUACCCGCAUACGUCUCUCUCCUCCUCCUCCCAAUAUCAGCACUUCAAAUACCCUCGAUAAUAUCACCCUUUUACGAACCACGUCUCGACGACUCCCUUCUCAUCUCCAAUGAGACGCUCGUCCCUCCGCCAGAGAACGAGCUCCGAAAACGAGACGGAAACUGCCCUGUGAACUACAACUCUUGCUCGACAUUAGCAAAGGCAGACGGAGGAGCAUGCUGCAUAGCAGGGUCGACAUGUACGCUUGAUCAUGCGAGAAAUAUAGCUUGCUGUCCGAUUGGAGCGACCUGCACCGGAACAAUUCAGAUCGCAACGGCGACGAUAACGAGCGCUGGAGGAGGAGUUAUCUUCGGGGCCACAACGACGACGAGUACUGCAGCAACAGCUACGAUCACCGGCUCAGCAUCUUAUGUCACGAAUCCCUAUUUUCCGUUCCCUUACAUAACAACCAGCUGGACAAAUUCCGCCGCCUGCGUCUCUGCAUACAGCAACUGCCAAACGAACUACGCGGCUUGCACGGUGGAUCUGCAAGGCGGGGGAGGAAAUGGGGUGACAAUUGUGGCUCCUGGAGGGGGAACAACGGUGGCUGCUACGGCGAUGAAUCUGGGCAUUGCGAGUGCGACGAGCAUUUGCAGCAGUCUGAGUCUGGUGGCAUGUCAUGGGCUGGUCACGCAAAACUGCGCCCAGUUUGAAGCAAAUUUUGUAGUUUCGAACACUAGGAACGGGGCGGUGCCUAGACAGACGGCGCCAUGUUUUGCGAAGGUUGCUUGGGCAGGAGUAGGUUUGGGACUUGCCAUGGUUUAGGGGCUGAGAGAGGGACCGAGAUUGUGGGGAAGGCAUUUCAUGAAUGAUGAGGUUACUGUGCACUGCUACGGCGUUGGUUUGGAUCAAUAUACCUGUAUCUCCUGGAGAUGCACCGUCCACGAAGUUUAUGAGGAUUUUCUUAAAAGCAUUGCUUGGAUUAAACGAGUUUGGCAAUCAGUCAAGCUCUGUCCUCUAAGAUCAUAGUAAUUCUCAAGUCUAAUCUUAUACAGCAUGCUCAUGCUUGCGCUCUCAUCAAUGU